GACAGUCGCCCGGUGUUGCUGUUCUCCCGUAUCAUCAUUGUUCUGUGAGAGUUAUUAUCAGCAGCAACGACGACGACACAACAACAACAAGCAACGUUUUGUGAUAAAAGUUUAACAACAAAAUAAUAAUAUAUUACCAUGGGCUGUGACCACAGAUUUCUACAUAAUAUUAAUUAGCACAAAUAUCCGUGUCCGUGACCAUGUCCGUCGAAUCACCUCAAUGUUCGGAUAGAAUUUCUUCGAAUUAUUCGCUUGUAGCCGAUUCAAACGAAAUACCGUCGGUGUCCGCCAUGGCGGCGUCGGACAACCAAAACGAGACCCAGUCCAGGCUCUAUUUCCUCAACGAGCAGUUACAGAAAAUGGUCAAAGAGUUACCCAGAAAGUACCAGCAGCGCAUACCCAACGAACUCCUGUGCGAACUCGCCGAAUGUCUGUUGGACAAAACGCUGUAUUCCAUCGUCAAGGAACUGACCGAUAUCCAGCACGUUACCGAGAAACAAAUGUUUCAAAAAAGGUUAGAAAUGAUCAACAAACAUUCGGUUGGCAUCCAAAAACUAUUGAAGUCAGAUUUGGUUGAACCGGGCAAGACUGAGACGAGGCUGAAACUUCAAGCAGAACACAGAAAGAACUUGCGAGAAUUCGAUAAGAAAAUAGUGACAGAGCUUGACGAAAAGCGACGAGAACAACAGAAUACAUUGCACAUGGCUGGUGUUCCAGGAUUUGAUAUCACAGAUGAUGCUAGCCGUAUUCAAGUACAAAUACGUUUAUGUGAUUUUAUCAUAAGAUUGAGUCAAAUCGAUAAAAAACCAGAUGAAGUUUAAAAAAAACAAAACAAUAUUGUACAGAAAAAAUUUUAAUUUAACUAAAAAGAAAAAAUAUUGACCUAAAUUAUUAAAUUAAUUCCUCCUGUAUGUAUAAGUCCAAAUUGUAAUAGAUUAAUAAUAAAGUAAAAAAAAAAAAAAAA